AUGGCAACCACGUCGGAUUCAUUCCCGAUAACUAGAAAACGUGGCAUUACGCAAUCGUGUAUGAUUGCUGAUACGAACACGGUCAUAUGUUUGAACAGCGCCAUGAGUGAUAAAGUAUCAACCGGAUCGAGUUCCCAUGGUAACGAGCUGUUAAUUGGCUCGUCACAACGACCGGUGCCGAGUGAGACUUUCUCGCACAGAGCCAGUGUAUCGGACAGUGUAUCGUCUUUAGUUUGGAAUACAGGUGAUGACGAUGAGGAGGGUGAUGAUGUGCGAUUCGUUGAACACAGAGAAGCUCACCACACCGACCUAAAAAGCGCAGACCAUCAAUUUAGACCUAAAACAAACGCGUGGACAUUGGAAGGCGUCGGGUACAUGGUCGCUUCUCCAGCAGACCACUUACAGGAUGGUAACGGCAGAGAACGCAAGUGUAGCACAGACUACGACGACAAUGAACAUGAUGCUUCAUCGAUUAAUAAUAAUGUUGCUCUCUGCGCAGACAAUUCAGGAAAUUUUCUUUUUAACAAGGUCGACCUACCAAUUGAAGACCCAUUUUGCGACGACGUGCAAUCGCGAAGUCAAGUUGACUCGGUAACUAGUAGUCCUUUGAAGUCGUUUUUCUCCGAGGAUCGCGUGGGGGCAGGACUUUGCGGUACCCCCGAACCGGGAAACAUACGCGGCGACGUGGGCGGGUCACGCCAGGGGCUCAAUAACAGUUAUCACACCCUUUCAGUUCACGAAAGUAGCGAAGUUGGUUACAUUUCGAGUAGCAGCGAAGACGCAUUGAAACAGCUUUUGAACAACAGUGUAGAUGUGCCCCCAUCUAGCGAGGAACUAUUAACUGACUCGGAUAAGCAAAGUGUAAAUGAUAUGGACAAUCAUGACGGACGCAGAUCUCGUGGUGAAAACACAAACGAGCAAAAUGGCCAGAGUACGAUGGAGAUGAACUUACCGGGGACACCUGUACCGGCCGAACAAACACCUUCGGCCAUAUUUGAAAUCGGCAGCCCGGGUUCUACGGCCAGCGAAUUCAGGCCGAAGCGAUUACUCUGGCAAAAUGCUGUUAAACGAUUACAACUUGAAACUAAGCGAGCAUUAGAAGGUGGGCUCAAUGGCCGUAAAAUUGCUGUCACCGAUGACUAUAUCCAGGAGUUAAACAAAGAAAUCUCACACCGAACUGGUAGUUUCAAAAACAAAGAAACACCUAAAUCGCGGAAAAUAUCCGAGGAUGAAGAGAGCGCGAGAGUUGAUGAUCCAGUAGAGAAAUUGAGUCGUGAAGGGGAAGAUUUUGUUGAUGUAGGUUGUGUUUACCGUGGUGUUAUUGUGCCAACCCUCAGAAAGUCUUUCAAAAGCAAAGAAAUUGAGAGUUUGUACCAGCGUUACUUUCUCCGUCAGCGACAGAAGUCGCUGGUUUUCCUCAACAGUGUCGACUUUUUACGUAAAGUAAUUAUGCUUGUGCUGUUUCUAACCCUGGGCUCCAGCAAGUUGGACGUUGGACAAAUUGUACUAUACGCGGUAUUUGUGCUUUGUAGUUUGACAAUAUGCCUCCUUGUACAGUGGAAACGUUUCGUUAGCCAGUUCCUCCAAUGGGCCGGCAUAGCCACCUGGUGUUUGUUGACGCUGCAGUCUGUCCUUGCUUUGACGCACGGGUUGGAUCAUACCCUCGAACCUUCGCUAUCCGAAGGGAUCUUGUAUGCCCUGUUCACAGUCUUUGCCACAUACACUAUGUUGCCGUUGUCUCUGAUAUGGGCUAUUCCAGCAGGAACGUUUACGUCCUUUCUUCAAGUGAUUGGGCAGUGUUUGUACCCGAGGAUAAUCAUAAAAAAUAUAAACCCGUGGGCUGCAAAUAUUCUUCUUCUUCUAUGCACUAAUUUUGCUGGCAUGUACACAAACUAUCUAUCUGACAGAACGCUAAGACAAGCCUUCCUAGAAACACGGAGAUGCAUCGAAGCUCGGCUCAAAUUACAGAAAGAGAACGAAAACCAGCAACGACUCUUGCUCUCUGUGCUGCCCAAGUUCGUCGCCAUAGAGAUGAUAAAUGACAUCGCUCACGAAAUGGAAGAAGACAGUUUCCUACCUGCUCAGUUCCACAAAAUUUACAUCCACCAAUACGAAAAUGUUAGUAUUCUGUUUGCGGACAUCAAAGGAUUCACCCAAUUGGCUUCCAAACUUCACGCGCAGGACUUGGUGCGGACGCUAAAUGAAUUAUUUGCAAGAUUUGACAAGUUAGCGGAGGAAAACAAUUGCCUAAGAAUCAAGAUACUUGGAGAUUGCUAUUAUUGUGUGUCUGGCUUACCAGAACCUCGUUCUGAUCAUGCACAGUGUUGCGUUGAGAUGGGAUUGCACAUGAUCACAGUUAUUAAAAGUGUCAGACAGAAGACGGGCGUCAACUUAGACAUGCGCAUUGGUAUACAUACGGGGUCUGUCCUGUGCGGGGUGCUCGGACUUCGAAAAUGGCAGUUUGACGUGUGGAGCAAUGACGUCACAAUGGCUAAUCACAUGGAAGCUGGCGGAGUUCCCGGGAGAGUUCACAUUUCAAAAGAGACCUUAUCAUAUUUAGGUAACGACUAUGACACGGAGCUAGGCAAUGCUCACGAGAGGGACACGUAUUUGAAGUUAAAAGACGUUGACACCUUUCUGGUAAUCGGAGACGAACCAAAGAGAACGUCCGCCUCUGAACGAGCACGGGUCCUGGAAGAUUUGACAGUUCCAUCGCUGAUAAAGACAGCCUCUGCUCCGGCUGAGGCGGCCACGACAGAUGACCGUACUGCUGCAGAAGGUAACACCCCCAAUGUACCUGAUUCGAACGCGACACAAGAACGAGCAAAGUCACUGUCGGAAACAUCGUGGAGUGCGGAGCUGCCAUUUGAUAAUAUAAUGUCUCAAGCACCGAGGUGGUCAGUGACGGACGCCAUUGGGCUACUGCCAUUUCAUUUUGGCAACGUUGUAUCUACAUCGAAGAAAACAGAAAGAACAGAGCACGAUGAAAUCAACCGCCUGGUGGCGCAUGCCAUAGAAAUUCGCUCCAGCGACACACUACGUAAAGAGCACAUCCGGCGCGUAACGCUGAGGUUUAAGGACAAGGACAUAGAGAAAAACUUUUCUAUGAUUCGUGAUGACACAUUCAAGUCCAACAUGGUGUGUGCUCUUAUCAUUCUCAUCUUCACCAUGGCAACGCUGUUGCUGAUGACGCCAAGGACUAAUGUCACACUUGUGGUUUUUGUAUGUGCUACAAUCAUUCACACGGUUACACUCGUGGUGGUCAUGUCGGAAGAAUACAAACGUUUCCCGGUGAUUUUGCGUGAUCUGUCCUGCCUGUUUGCCGAGAAUAGACUAGCGCGAAGUACUCUCAUCAUAUUUGUUGUGGCAAUUGUUUUUGUUGUUACUAUCAGUGACUUGUUUGUUUGUCAAACGCCAGAAGAAAGGCAAUCUUCAGACAAUUUCACUUUGGAUCCGGACAAUUUGGAAUGCCAGUUUCCCCAGUACUAUUUCUACUGUGGUGUCAUGGCGAUGCUUACGUGUGCUGUGUUUAUUCGCCUUCACCAUCUCAUCAAACUGCUGCUUCUCGUCGCCAUGGGCACAGCGUACUCGGCGUUGAUCCAGGUGUCUUACAGAGAUCUUUUCGAAAAGACGGAUGAGUACUCCUCGGGAGAAAACAGUGGUGUCCUGAGAUUUAUCGCCAGAAGUAGCGACACAAAUUAUGACAAUGUUUAUUUUAUUCAGGCAAAGGGUGAACUGGACGACAUGGCGGACUUACGAGAACACAACAAGCAUUUACUGAGGAAUAUAUUACCAAAGCAUGUAGCUCAGCAUUUUUUGGAGAAAGAUCGUCAGAAUGAGGAGCUGUAUUCUGAAUCCCAUGAGCGAAUAGGAGUGAUGUUUGCGUCCAUUCCAAACUUUGCCGAUUUCUAUUCACAGUCGGACUUUGAAAAUCAGGGCGUUGAAUGCUUGCGUCUCUUAAACGAAAUCAUAGCAGAUUUUGACGAGUUGCUAAGUGAAGAACGGUUUCGUUGCAUAGAGAAAAUCAAAUCAAUCGGAAGUACAUAUAUGGCUGCAUCGGGACUGUCACCUGAUAAAGGUCACGUAAGUGAUGAAUGGGAUCACCUUGUAAUGUUGGCUGACUUCGCACUGGCAAUGAUGGACACUUUAGAGGAAUGUAAUAAGCAUUCAUUUAAUAAUUUCAGGCUCCGGAUAGGUUUAUACCAAGGACCCGUAAUCGCCGGUGUUAUUGGUGCCAAGAAGCCGCAAUACGAUAUCUGGGGGAACACGGUUAACGUCGCUAGUAGGAUGGAUACUACCUCCAUUAUGGGACACGUGCAGGUCACCGAGGAAACCUAUCAGAUACUCUCUCGGCGUGGUUUUCGUUUCGAAUAUCGGGGACUGAUCUACGUCAAAGGCUUGAAAGACCGGGUUAAAACAUACUAUUUGACUGGCCGGAGCAGGCCAGGUAGGUGUCAAAGUACAAUACGGCGCAUGAGCGGUCAGCAUACCUUGGCAGCAAUUGUUUACGGGCUUGUAAGGAAUAAACAACUCCAGCAAUUACACAAGGAAAACGGAACAAAAGAUAUCCCGGAGUUAUCAGAAGGGAAUAUGAAACGAUCAAUGUACGAUUUGCAAGAGGUGCCCCGGGACCAAUCGUUCAUGAAAGACGGCGAAAAUGCGUGAAAAUACGUUCGAAAUUACGCGAUGAUCAAGUUUACCACGUGUUCACCGAGUGUGAAUCUCGCCUGCCUUUCAUUACGUGAAUCUUGUGGUAUCAUUACGUGAAUAUCGCGUGACAUCGCUUCCUUGGCAGCCACUACGCGUCAAUUUCAUCGACCAAUUAUCACGCAUGCUUCUUGCGCGGCAUCAACUAUGCGCAAAUCUAGUGUGACAGCCAUUACCAGCGAGUCUCGUGUGUUCAUGAAGCAGAACUCUGCCAGAAUACUGCAACGUAUCAAAAGCCGGUAAAUCUUCGUAUAAUAGCGUGUGUUUGAAGCAAGCAAGCAUAGUGUAGUAUGGUUGGUUUAUGCAAGAAGAGACCCGUCCAAACUGUACACUAUAUAGUUCUCGGAUUAAGUUCCACAGGAGAUGCAUGUGUUUCAUGUAACAACCAAGAGGCGUUGCUCCGGAAUCAAACUCCCAAACCGAAAUGGUUUUGAUGGACAAACGCAUAUUAUUUAUAAAUAUACUUCUGAUGCCUCAAGGCCGCACGUACAUCACCACGGACAGAAAUUUAAUCUCUCCGCCGCAACGUAGAUGUCUGAGGACCUAACCAUUGUAUCUAAGACACAGCGGUGUGUGAUUAUUACUGUCUUACCGUUGACUUUUAAUUGAAAAUACGUGUGCAUCAAAUAAAAAAAUAUGGAGAUGUAAAAUAUACCGUUUUAUAUAAAUAACAGAU